CUUUCACCUGUGGGAAGGUGGUAUUUUACAGUCUAUUAAAAGGAUUAUUUUUUCUUAAGUAAUUUACAUUUCAGCCCAAGUUAAUGCUUUGCUUUCCAGACAUCUUUGAAUUUGUCCUCCGGAAGUUGACAUUGCAUGUGCAGAUGGGAUGAUGUUAACCAUGUUAAGGAAAUUACAUGUGAGGAAAAAGCCCAAUAGUUUGGAGAACAGUAACUUACAAUAGAGGUGCAGUGGCAUUUUGCAGUACGAAUAAGGGUGGUAAAAGCACUUCUAACUUCUGCCACAGGCAUGUGGAUGGUAGCCCUUUUCAAGAGUCUUAAGUUAUAAUCCUAUUUUAUGUGGUGUUUAUUAAUACAUUUGGUGAUGAGCAUUAAAUAAUGCAAAUAAUUAAAUGUAUUCCUUCCAAUUUAAUAGCAGAUUGACAAAACACUCCCUGUACCAGCCCUGAAGAUUGGGCCUGCAGUGGAUAACAGUGCAGUGGACAUGCAGACCUGUGUGUUGCUUUAUUUCUUGCUCUGGGGAACCUGUGACUCCUUAAAUGUGCUAUGGUGUGGGGGAAGACUUAAGUAUCCUUCUCUAAUAUGUAUUCUGUGCUCUGUGAAUGACAAAUUCCACAGUUUGAGGGGCCUAAACUUGCUAAUUUUACUAAGUAUAUGAAACACACUGGUCAGCAAAUUAAAUUGACACUUGAACUGCUUAAAACCAGGGACUUUCCCACACAGCCCUAUUUAACACUGGAGAUCUUUACAGAUGUCAAUUACUUGGGUUUUAAAAAGUGAUUGGGCAGGUUUGUGGAAGUAAAAAACAAUGAAGGGCCAUUGACUACUGAGACAAUACUUUUUGCUUAAGAAGGUCCUGAGCUGCAAAUCAGUGGAGAACGGGGAAGGACUGAAAGUUUGAUUACCUGCUGGCGCAGCUCUUCCAUCUCUUCCGCAGGUAUCCACUAGUGGCUGCUAUUCCCCGCCGUCGGAAAAGCGCAAACACAGCGCCACCACCCCGCUCCCGGCCAUGCAGUGAUGCAGAAGCAUUUCUUGCUUUGUGGGAAAUAGCGGAGGGCAGCUCACCCCCAGGGCUCUGGACAGGAAAGUGCCUGUCUUCAUCAGGAUAUCACCCUUGCCACAUAAUAGGAGAGGGGUUCUGUUAGCAGGACUUUGGGGGAGUCCUGGCAUGGCUGUGUUCGCUUUGUGAAGGUCACACUUCAUACUCACCUGGCCAUACCAGCAGCUCAGCAGCGUUGUUUCUAAGCAACAGGAGAAAUCUACAGUCUGGUGUGAAGCCAUAGUGUAAUUACCCUGGCAUACAAACUGAGUGGCAGAGGCAAGAAAGGAACAGCAAUAUCAAGAGGGAAUUCCUCCUCAUAGAUACCUGAAGUCAGAGGCUCCAAACCCCGAUCCUGAGGCCUUUCCUGAGAGUUGACACAGGAGCUAGAGUAUGGAAAGAAAACACCUGAAGAAAGAGGUUGAAAAACUCCUGGGAGAUUAUGUUGGCAUCAGACUGCAAGAAAAUAAAUUUGAUCCAAGAGGACAAAGGCAGCCCACUUUUCUAGAUGACAUGGUCCAUUACAACUUAGCCCUCAGCAUUGCUUUGCUGUGGCUAUCUGACUUGGGUGUUCAAACUGCACUGACAAGAGAGAAAACGAAUUUUGCAGCUCACAACCGAUACGCAUAUCCCAACCGAAUUGAGAGAGAAGCUAUGAUAUUAUCUUCGUAUGCUGGAAUAUUAAUGAACAGCAUUCCUGUUGAAGAGAUCUUUGAGAUUUACAGGCCCUCAGCAACACACUGUCAAAGCUCUGCAAAGAACCACUGGAUUCAGCCUUUCAAGCUCUCCCUGCAUCCGUUUGCCAUGCUGACUGCCCCUGAAGCUGCACAGUAUGCCUGCAAGCAAAGCACCAAGUUCAAGACAGCAGCAGCAUAUCAAAAGACCAGCCCUGGUUCAAGGAGAGCUAAAAAGAACAGCAAGCAACUGGACUCACUGACCAAAGGAAAACAACAGCAGGGAGUUACAGAAGCAAAACAAGGAAUCCCUCUGGAGAAGCCUGGAACUGAUUCAAAAGCAAGGAAUGCAAAGGAAACAAAGACAUAAAGACCCAGACUUCAUGUACCUCACUUAGCUGUAGGUGAGCUAAUGGAUGUCUGCUGCCUUAGCUUUGGUAAUACAUUUGCAACUCAU